UACAUGUCGACAAAAUAAUUCGGCGGAUAAUUCGAAAGCAAAAAAUUUAACGAGAGGGAUGACAAGCUUCAAGUUCAAGGAAAUCUGACUGAUUUAAUGCAAAUGUUGAGAUGAGUGAGACAAGCUACAAUGACGACCGCACCUGAGAGAAAGUACACUGCGCUACGGAAGAGGCUAGAUCAGCUAGGCUACCGCCAGGCCUUGGGUAUAGAGUCUGUGCCUCUUGUUGAGAAGCUCUUUAGUGACCUAAUUCACACUACAGAAAGUCUAAAGAAUGCCAAGUUACAGGCAAACAAGAGUGUAAAAGAAAAGGGGAAUUGGGAGGAUCAGAUUGAGCCAUAUCGCAGCGAGAAUGCAAAGCUACUCCGGGAGAAUAAUGAGCUUCACACACAACAUAUCCAGCUAAAGGAUGAGUUUGAUGCUACAUCCAAAGACCACAAGAGCACAAUAAGGAAACUUGAACAUGAGAAUGCAGAUCUGCGCUUUCUGAAUUCACAGUAUGUCCACAAAGUCCGAGCAAUUGAGAAGGAAUGCAAGGCAAAGAAUGAUCGUAUAAGUGACCUCCAGGAGAAAAAUUUCCAUGCUGUGGUUCAGACUCCAGGUGGUCGCAAAAAGAACAUUCCAUUUAGAAGGCAGCGAAUGGAUAUUGAUUGCUCUGUCCCUCCGGCGGAUUUCUACUCCGCCACCCCUUCUCCCGGAGUGGAUGAUCCCUAUGUUGCUGACCUUAUUCACGUUGCUGAUGAGAAGCUUGAUAGAAUGCAGAGAGAGGUUGAUGGUAUGAGGGACCAACAUGAAGCAGACCAAAGAGCAAUUAAAAGCCUUAGAAAACAGGUUGACAAUCGAGAUCAAGAAAUAACCCGUCUUAGUCGUCAACUAGAGGGUGGACGACCCCUUGAUGUGAUGUCGAAUGAAGCCAAGAAUCGUAGCAAUGAAAGGCUUAUAUCCCAUCUUAAUAUACAGAUUGAGUACCUUCAGCAAGCCAACCGUGAGCUUGACCGAGAGUUGAAGGACACACGCCUGGCUCGCGAGUCGGCCAUUGAGGAAAACAUCGUGCUUAAAGGCCGUAAUGAUGAACUUGCAGGAGAGCUACGUGAUGUGGACAGAUUGGCCAAACGUUUACAGGCGGAUAAGGACAGUGUGGUGGCUGUUGCUGAUAAGGAUCUAUUUGAGGCUAAAGCAGAGAUCAGAGGAUCAACAAGGGAGAUUAAAGAUCUUGAGGUGGAAGUAGAACAACUGAGACAGGAGAGGAAGAAUCUUCUUGAUGAUAUUGAUUCAUUGAGGACAGAGGGUGCGGUCAAACAGCAGGAAAACAAGAGACUUCAGAAUCUAACAGAUAAGAUACAAGAAGACAAGAGAAAACUUAGCCAUCAGGUCAACAAACUCACUGCAAAUGAGCGUGAAUUGGUUCUAGAGCUUGAGAGGAUGCGGAAAAAAGUGGGCGGAGUCAAAUCCAAGAAGGACGGGCAUUCCUCCAAAGUAGAGAAUUACAUGAAAGCCCUGGAGGAAGAGAGGGAUUACUACAAGGGGGAAGUGGAGGUAUUGAAUAGGAUUCUACGUACCAGAGGGUUACCCUCCUCUACCCCAUCAAGCAGGGAGAGGAGCCCUAAAAGAAGUGGUAGUCCAGGGAAAGGAAGCAGGACUACUAGUCCUAGCCGGUCAUCUGCCAAGGAUGCAAAGAAUAAGAGUGUAACCCACUAUGAAGCAAUCAUAAGAGUACUAGAAGAUGAGAAGAACUUUUACAAGAGGGAAUAUGAAACCCUCAAGGUACUACGAGCCGCUCAGAAGGUCAGUCCGGCCAAGAAGGAUCCUACCUCAUCAUUCAGAGACAUGAGUAUUGCUGAUGAAUCUGAGUUAGUGAAUCUCAAGAGAGAGAGGGAUGAUCUUCAGUCACUUGUUGAUAAGUUUGAGAGACAUAUGUCUGAGAUUCAAACUAAUGUAAAGGUCCUCACCUCAGAAAGAGAUAAAGUCAACUUAUUAUACCAACAAGCAAAUGAUGAGUUACAGAGAUUGAGGCAAGAAGUUCUGAAGACCCCCCAGUCCUCCCGAGCAUCUCUGGCAGCUCAGUCCAUUCUGAGGAGGGUUGAAAAUGAGAGGGACGAUGCCAUCGCUGACUUACGCCGUAUGACAACAGAAAGGGAUAGUCUGAGAGAAAGACUAAAGAUAUCAACAGACACUCACCUGAGUGAUAAGGCUAGGUUAGAGCAGAGGGUGGAGGAUCUAGAACACCUUUUAUUAGUGGCGGAGCAGGAGCGUAAUAGUAGUCAAUCAAGGGUGUCAUCCAUGCAGGCUAUGAUUAAUACUCUAGAGGAACAGGUUCGUACCCAGGUCUUUAGGAUAGAAGAAGCCAAAGAAGAUGCUUCAUCAAGCAAAGCACAAGCAUCCAAACUCAGACUGAUAGCAGAUCAGACAGAGCAUUCAGUAGAAGAAUAUCAGAGACGUCUUCACAUCAAGUCAAAUGAUUUACAGAUUGCAGAGGAGAGGAUUGUAAGGCUGGAAGAACGGAUAACUGACAUGAACGCCAACAAUGCUCUUCUACGAGAGGAAAUCAAUGAACUCCGAGGGACAGUAUCAUCCAUUGAUAGGGAGAAAGAUGCCCUCCAGAUUGCAGUGGAUGAGAAGACAGAAAGAUCCCUUGAUCUUGAGAGAGAACUAAUGGAUAGAGGUCGAACCAUCGCUGACCUCAGAGCAACGGUCACUGACCUGGAGGCAAGAUUAGAGCAAGCAAUAAAUGAUCUUGGUAGCAAAGAUCGUGAGAUCCGUAGCUUGCGUCGUCAGCUGGACUCUACACGAGACGAGCUGACCGACGCCUCCAGAGGGCGGGAUGUCACCAUACGGGAAAACCGCAGACUACAGGAAGAUCUCGCAACCAUGACCAGAGAAAACCAGACUGUUAAUCAUGAGUUAGAAAGCACAUUGGAAGAGAAAGCGUCACUCAAGACUCAAGUCCAGGAAUACAUCGCUGAAGUAGCUCGAAUUGAAGACAUGCUUGCAGGGAAGGAUCGAGAGAACCGUGAUCUACUCGACAACUAUCGAACGGCGUCGGCAGAGGCACAACGAUGGGAGACGGAGGCUACAGAGAGGACUAGUGAGACAUCCAACAUGAGACUUGAAUUGAUGGCUAAGGAGACAGAGAUGAAGAGACUUAGAGAGAGAGUGGAUGAGACGGAGAGAGAAAUUCAUGAGCAUCUAUCUAGCCAGCAGACAUAUGAGAUGCAGAUCUCCAAUCUAACCCGUUCCCUGUCCAACAUGGAAGGCAAUGUAAGAGAUUUACAGGAUGAGAAAGACUCUGUGGUCCAGGAUCUAGCGGCUGUAAGGGAGCUCUGUGUCAAACUAGACUCUACCAAGGAGUCUCUCUCUAGGCAGCUCACUACAAAGAACAUUGACUUUGAACAGGCUGAAGCAAGAACAGAAGAUCUAAAGCGAGAAGUGGAGAUGUUGAGAAGCCAACUGGGCACUGAACGGACGACGGUCAGGAACCUAGAGAUGCUGAUAGCAGGAAACAGAGAAAAGGAAUUCCAGGCACAACUAGACAAUCAAGAACAAAGAUCUGAGCUACAGCUCAUCAAAGAUCGCUUAGCUCUAGCAGACAGUAAGAUACAAACUCAGUCUCGAGAGAUCCAGACGUUACGAUCAAGAUCAUCCCAACAAGAGUCUGAAUUAGAGAGGGCUCGUAGACAGUUGACUAGUGAAAGAUUUGAGAAAGAGCGGCUUGGUCAAGAGAUGCGUCGCAGCACAUCACACACCAUGUCUACCUCCAACGUCAGCGCCCCCAACGUAAGCUUUGAGAACCAGCGGACCUCCACCCUCAGAACCACAACCCUAAGCAGUUCCUCGACUUCCAGGCGUACCUCUAGCAGCCCCCAGCAGCAGGGUGGGGGACGUUCCACCACUCCUAUCAGUCAGGUCAUCUCCCCUGAACGCUCCUUGAGGAAGUCACCAGAGAGGUCCAUUCUGAAGAGCUCUUCAUAUAGAUCCAGGUCACCAGAGAGAAGAUGACAGAAGAUGACUGAGUGAAGAUGCUUCUUCCAGUUUAUUGACAACAUUCCAGAAGACCAUAAUCUUUGCUACUUUUAGUUGUUGGGUCAAUUUUUACCACUACCAUCUUGCCAUUCAAACCUUAUGCCAGUGAUGUUUAAAGUAUUUUUCAUAAAUAUCACAUGAAAUUUUAGGUGCUCUUGGCACAAUGUAAAUUUUUAAUAUUGUGUAAAAUUAAAUUGUAUUUAAUUUAUUGAUUUUGAUAGGAGUGAUAGUUGUGAGCUAUCAAACAACUAGUUUUGUGAUAUAGUUUUGAAGUAAUGUUGCAAAAUAGGUAUUAUUCUAUGACUUUAGUUUCCAUUGGACAUCUAUUUUUCAAUAAUUAUUAGAAAAAUGUAUUCCUUAGUAAAAUGUAUGAGGUUUGGCAUAGUCUUGAUUUUAGAAUUGUUCAGUGUAAUGAAUUAUUGGACAUUGCAAUGAAUGUAUUUUAGAUGAUACCUUGGUGUCUUAGUAAUGGGAUUUUAAUUUUUCUCAAAGCACAAAGUGUUCCAUGUAAAUGCAGCAUUUUGUAGCAAGCUGUCCUCAAUGAUCAAACCAUACAAAAAUCAUACUCAAACAACAAUUGUAAUGUUGUGUAUAAAGUCAAAGGCAAUCACAUUACAUCUUUCUUCUUUCAUAACUUUGAUUUCUUGUACAUCUUAUGACAUUAAUCUACAAAUGAAAACAUUACAUCAUUGCAUUAAUUUGGUAUUAUUUUCUAAUAUUUGGGGUAAUAACUGGGGGAUGUCAUAAAUCUAAGUGUAUUAUACACACUCCUGGUGGGUGUUUCAUAAAGCUGUUAAGCAUAACUCUACGCAUGACUGUAACAUGUUCUUAGGUCAUGAAUCAAUUAUACACGGAUAUCACAUAGCAUAAGAAUCACCAGUCAUGCGUAAAGUCAAUCAUAUUUUACAAACAGCUUUAUGAAACACCCACUUGGUUAUUAACUGAUGACCCUCAUCAAAGGAAAUAAUGUCCACGUAAAGUGUAAAGGAAGUGUAUUUCUUACAACCCUUAUCGAAGUUUGAAAAAAUAUUGAAUUUUCCAUUCAGAUGUUGUUUUUAAAUGAGAAUUUUAAUCUAUGAAAAUCAGAUUUCAUUAAAAGACAGUGGGAAUACAAAUGAAUGACAAUCUGAACACAAUUAAGAAAUAUGUGAUGUUGAAUGUACCUUACAAUCAGCAUUAGGAAACGCCACUAUGAACACCUUUAUGAAUCACUAACAUGUAAUAUUUGGGGGAUAGUAGGAAAGAAUAAACGUGGAGGCUAUUAUACAGGGUAUUUAUUAAUAUUUCUAUUGACCAAAUGCUUUGUCUGUGUGUGCCAUUUAUACUUUUUAUGUAGUAUCAGGGCAGUUUCAUGUAUCGGUGUGUAAAACUUGUUGUCUCUGACAAUUUCAGUGUAAUUCUUAGAUUCACUGAGAUGCACUGGUCUGUUGGUGUUAAUCAGUGUUUUAAAGUAACAAUUGCAAAUGAUUUUUAUUCCAGUGAAACUUUUUUAUUUCACUAUUCCAACAUUUCUGAUUCAAGAAAAUAAAAAAAAAAGGGUCGAGUCCUCUUUUACGGAGUAAGUUCAUAACUGAUAAGACCUAAAAAUGCUAUUUCGUUUUUAAAAAAUGAAAGUGACAGUACUUUUCUCAAAUUUUUCUGCUUUUAUUAAAUAUCAACAUAUUGUUAGGGUGAACUUCCUCUUCAAAUUCACACUAUAACAUCAAAUUUCUUCCCUGUCUAUAAAAUUCAACCUAUUCCGAAUAGAAGUUAAAUGUAGCAAGAUUUUCUUCAGCUUGCAAUUGAAAUGCCAAGUCUACACGAUUAGUGUGUUGCAUAAGAGAAGCCUGCAUUUCGGCAUCAAAAUAUCAGGGCUUCUUGAAUAAUGUUCCUCCUCCCGUUUAUCCCCAAAUUGAUGAUUUAUCGAAUCCAUUUUGUGAGGGCUCUUUUACAACCGAAGGGGGCUAGGUUUUUAAAAAAAGUUUGUGUCAGAUUUGUCCACUUGGUAGCCUCAUACCCCCUUUAGUUUGUGAGAAACUUUUUAUUUAUGAAUUGAAUGUGUGCCUCGUAAGAACUAAACUGUAAUUUUAAUCCCUCUACUUUGUCUUGUGAGGGCCGUGAAGCAUUCAUUAUGGUAUAAUUGCCAUUAUGAUUUAUAUGCAAAAGGGCCCUGGGGGGUGUUUCACAAAGAUUUAAGUAUGACUUACUGGAUUCGCAAUUAAAUGUCUAGUUACUUGCGUAAAAGGCAUAACCGCAUUGUUCAGAUCAUGCAGAGGACACGUACUACUGCGUAUUGAGCAAUUAGAUUGCGCAUUGCAUUUGAGAUACACAUCUGCAUUUAAAUCAUGCUUAAAUCUUUGUGACACUCCCCCAGGACUAUUUAUAUUUAGAUAUAUCCCUUUCAAUUUUUAUGGGUUAUAAAUAUCAGAAUCAUACAAUGUAAACAGAUUGUAUAUAUGUAUGUGUAUGAAUUUGUACAUAAGUUUUUUAAUGCCAGUGUACACUACAAGAAUAUUGUAUUGUAUCUUCAUCAAUAAAUUGCAGUGAAUUUUA